AAAUCACAUCUUAUAUCUUAUCCGAUGAAUUUUGGAUCACUAAACAAAAAAAUGGAUAUAUUUUGACUGAUACUCAAGAAGGAGCUCAAAUUACUGAUUACGAAAAAGAACCCUUUAAAUUACCUAAUUAUGAUGUAAACUUUACUUUAAAAGAAUCGAUUAAUGAUAAACUUCCUGCUUACGAUAAAAAUGAGGAAAUUUUGAUGAGAUUGAGGAACUGUUAUCAAGAAUCUUAUAAUCAUGCUUAUUUUGGCUUUACACCUGUAAGUGAAGAAGUAUAUGCAGAAGAAUACAGCCAUACAAAACAUGGUG